AUGGCAGAAACAGAUUCAGAUGCAAGCAAAAGUGAUAUUUUAUAUGAAUUUAUUAUUUUAUCGGAAUGGAUUGAAGAUUAUGACAGUGUUGUCUCUAAAAAUACAUUAAACAAUGUUCAAGAAACGUCACUUUAUUUCAGUCCAUGGAAAUUAUUAAAAAAAUCAACAGGAAAUACAUUGAGGUUUCUAGAAACUGAGUAUUCUUGGCAUUUAGCAGUCAGUAAAGAUGGAAAAGUGGUUGCCAUUCUUAAAGAUGUCUCACUCGAAAUCAAAACUGCCAAAGAUGGAUACUCUUCUGCAGUGGGGAAAGCUUCUAUACCCAGUGAUCAGAAUCCCAAGUUAAGAAAAUUAAAAUGGAGUGCAGAUAAUUCUUUUUUAGCCCUUGCCAGGGAUAAUGGAACUAUUCAUGUAUUUAAUCUAUUAGGGUGCAAUUUAGCUACAAUAAAAGGACCAGAUGAUUCAAAUGGUAUAUAUCAACCAGUAGUUGGAUUAGAUUUUUUGCAGCCAAAGUUUAAAAGCAGUCAAUGGUCAAAUGAAUUGCUUGUUGUUUAUCAUAAAGGAGAUGUAAAAAGCAUUUUAUUGUCAUCUUUAGAUGGUCAAGAAUCAUAUGAAAACAUUGAAUUUUCUUUAAAGCCUUAUUAUCCUCAAGGAAUUUUCUCUGUUGCUUAUGACUCAAAUUACUUAUUAAUAGUAUCUGGACCACCUACAAAAAAUGAAAGUGGAAUUACAGUUUGGAGAAUUUUAAAUGAUUAUCCUUUUUUAAAAUGUACAGUGGAGAUGGAAAGAUUUUCUGCUAGUUCGAGAUCUUUUUUAAAAUUUUUUUCGUUUUGUUCAAACUAUCAAAAUCCGAAAACAGUCAUUAAAAUGUCAAUUUCUCCAUCAAACAAUUUUCUCGCUUGUAUUCAUUUAUGUGGUGAAAUAUCUUUAUGGAGAAUGCCUGGAAUUUUACUGCAGAGAAAGUGGUCACUGCAUGAACAACCUCAAUACAAUAAGAGCAACAUUAAAAGUAGAGAAAAUUCAAAUAAUGAAGAUUUAUUUUAUCCUUUCGACAUUGGUUGGUGGUCUGAUAAUGCACUGGUAAUAGUCAGGCGGAAUGGAGCUUUAAGUGUAUGUUCUAUAACGACAUUACAAAACCUAUUAGGAGACUCUCCAGAAUUUUUGGCUGAAUCUCCUCAAAUAUCUUGUAUUAAAGGUGAUCGUUCUGGUGUGAUGGCCUUAGAGUGUAAAACAUCAUUUAAUUGUAAAAGAAGGGAAGAUUCGUAUUUUGAUGAAGUUAAUAAAGAUACCGAAACAUCAAUUUUGCAAGAAAGUAUUCAAGCUGCUUUGUAUUCAAUCACGGACAUUGAAAAAUUUGAGCCAAAAAGAAAAACUCCUAAAGUUAUUCAGAGAAUUUAUAGAAUGAUUGCAUUAAAAAAAACUACUCCCGAAGAAUUAUAUGCAAGAAAGAUAGAUAAUGAAGAGUACGAAGAAGCCUUACUACUUGCUCAAAAAUAUAAUUUGGACUGUGAUUUAGUUUAUCAGAAAAGAUGGAGAAAUAGUAACGUUUCUUUAGAAAGCAUACAUAGUUUUUUGGAAAAAAUUAAUAAAAUUCAAUGGGUUGUAAAUGAGUGUGUUGAAAGAGUUCCGGACGCUUUAGAGGAUGUUAAAGAAUUAUUAAAAUUUGGCUUGGAAAAAAGUAAUAUAAAAGUUUCAUUUGAAAGUUUGGAUUCUGAAAAGCGACAAAUAGUUUUAUAUAGAAUUAAACUGUUAAAAUUUUUAGAUAAAUUAUCAAUUUACGAAAAAAUUAUAGGAUCCCCUAAAAAAUAUGAUAAGAACGAAUACGACAAUUUUCGAAAGCAACCAGCCAUAGCUGCUAUUGUAAAUUACGCACGUAAAGGUAAUUGGGAAGCUGUUUCCACCAUGUUUACCUAUGAAGGAAAUGAAACAUUACCUCACAGAUUACCAAUUCUUUCGAAUUUUCCGGAAACGCUAAAACCGUUGCAGUAUCGAUGUUUAUUACCGGAAAUAGUAGAACGUGAAGUUAUUUCUUGGGAAACGAAAAUAUUAAGAAAAUUAGAUUGGUGUGAAAAAAAUUCUUAUGAGUCUCUUAUUUGUGAAGAUAAUGAUGUCACAGUGGAAGAAGUUUUAUAUAAAAAUCAGGAACAUUUAAAAUAUUUUCAAGGUAGUACACCUUCCGCGGACGUUGUAGAAGAAUGGUAUAAAAGAAGAACGUACGAAAUCGAAAAAAAUACCGGAUUGGUUGAAAAUGCGUUAAAUUUUGUAAUUUUGGCCAGGGAAAGAGGAGUAAAGUCAAUGAACAAAUUGUACUCCGAUUUGCUAACUUUGGAAUCUUUGGUGUACCUUGUCGGAGACGAAAAUACAACAUUGAAAAAACUUGAAAUAUUAAAUCAUUUCGAACAGUGUAAACUGUUGUUAGCCAAAACAGCAGCAAGUUCUUUCAUCACCGACCUGAAGAAUUUAAUUGUUCCACUAGCAAAACGUUGCAAGACGGGAAAUUGCCACACUCCGCAAGCUUUAUUAAAAACAAUUUUGCUUUAUUUCAGCGAAGAAAGUUUAGAAUUUUCUUUGAAAUUUUUAAAUCAUUUAAAAGAGGGUUACAUGAAUCCUUUUGAUUUAACAUUCAACGAAACGGCAUUAAUUGUUUUGGAUUGUAUUUAUUCGUGUCCCAAAUCCGAUCAACUUGAAAAUUGUUUUUCAAUAUUGGAAUGCCUUCCUCAAAGAUCAGAAAAUAAAGAAGAAUCUGAUUUGCAUGAUAAAAUUGAUGAUGUUGAAAUUUAUUUAGAAGUGUGUGAAAUUUUAGAACGUUAUGAAAUUUCAAAAUCUGUCAAGUUUAUUUACGAAAAUAAAAACGUCGAAGAAAUCGGAAAAGAACUUUUGUCUAGCAUGGCUGAUUUCACAAAACGGGUAUCUUUAGAUUUCACGGAAUUACUUGUAGAUUUUCAAGUCAUUCAAUCGAAAAUAUUUCCAUGCAUUUCUGACGAUUAUUGCCGAGAACUGUGCACGUUAACUCAAAUGACGUGCGAAUGCGAAGAAAUUAUCAUGUCAGCAGAAGAUAUUUUGGAAUGUCGAAAAGGAGAAAAAAAUAAAAUAAUACCAUUUGAAAAAAGUAUUCAAUUGGUUUUGGAAGCUGCUCAAAAGCAUUUUGAAAAAGCAACGAGUUUUGAUGAUCAUUACAUUGAAUUAGCACAGACGUGUUUAAGGUUGAUUGUGGAGCCCCAUUUUCUUAUUUCUGAAGAAUUAGAUUUAAUUGAAGCCGUUCAAUUAUUAGGCGAUUUCGAAGUUAACAUGCUUCCGGUACAAGUGCGAAAAAAUGAAAAUAGAAUCAAAUUAAUCGAUGCAUGCUUGAAAGCUAAGCCCAAUAAUUAUAAAUCUUAUCAAAAGUUAUUGCAGUUAGCUCAAGCUCUAAGGAUAUACGGAGAUAAUCGUGUGAAAAGAGAAGGCGAAGUAUUAAUCAUGAUAGCGGAAUUCGCUUUAAAAGUUUCCGAUUAUGAAUUCUGCAGUGAAAUUUGUAAUCAUUUAGUUAACAGAAAUUAUUCAUCAGCGUGGAUGGUUAUUAGGCUUUUAGCGCAAAAUGAAGAGUUUCGAAACAGGAGUAAAAAAUUACACUUUUUAGCAUUUGCAAUUUUACAUUGCCCGCCGGAAAAAAUAGAAGAAUUAAUCGAAUCCAGAUUAGAAUUUCAAGAAAAAUAUUUUUCAAAUGUAAUAAUGGAUACUUUAAGUUAA